ACGCGCCGCGCAGUGAAUUUCGGUCGCGCAACCUCCUGGGCGGUCUACCGGCUGGUAGAAGUGAACCUUUCCGUGGCGCCGGAAGUCCGGGGCACGUGACCGGGUGACAGUGCUUACUUAGCUGUAAGGCUCGCUUUAGGCUGCAGCACGGGAUGGCAGAGGCGCCUCCUGUCUCAGGUACUUUCAAAUUCAAUACGGAUGCUGCUGAGUUCAUUCCUCAGGAGAGAAAAAAUUCUGGUCUAUACUGUGAGACUCGAAGGAGACUAGACUCUAACAGGAUCAGUAGAAGAAAUUACAGUUCGCCACCUCCCUGUCAUCUUUCCAGGCAGGUGCCUUAUGAUGACAUCUCUGCUGUUCAUCAGCACAGCUAUCAUUCUUCAGGAAGCAAACUUAAGAGUCAACAGAUUUCUUUCCAUUCCUCUGCUUCUAAUAAAUUACCCAAGAGCCAUGGCCUUCAGAGUCAACCUUGGCAGAAAUUGAAGAGUGAGAAGCACCCUAUCAGAGUCAAAAAAGCACAAGGUCUCACUGACCAGACCUCAGAUACAGCUGGCUUAGAAAGCGUGACCAGAUCAGAAAGUGGAACAAAUCUCAGAGAGCACAGCCCUUCUGACAAUGAGAAGGAAGCUACUGGUGCAGAUCCCAGGGGGGCAAAACCCAAAAAAGCAACACAAUUUAUAUACAGCCAUAGUAGAGGACCAAAAGUCAAGGGGAAACUCAAGUAUGAUUGGGGUAACAGAAUGACUCCCAAACCUGAGGAUGCUGGACUUGAAAAUACCAAAGUUGUGGGGGGUUUCCACCUUGACUCUUCAGAAGCAUCUGUUAGAAAAGGAGUAUUAGAUGGAUAUGGACCCAGACGAAAUGAUCAGAGAAGAUACCCACAGAAAAGACCUCCCUGGGAAGUGGAAGGGGCCAGGCCACGACCAGGGAGGAACCUAUUAAAACAGGAGGGCCAACGGCAUACAAAUGUAGGACCCAGAAAUAACGUGGCUCCCAUUCCAAAGGAUAAUCUCAAUGAAAGAUCAACAAAAUCUGCCUGUGACAGUGGGAACUUGACAGUCAUCAAGUCUUCCAGAAAGGUUGACCAAGAGAAAUGCACUGUACAGAGGCAGGAUCCUCAAGUGGUAUCUCCUUUCCCCCGAGGCAAACAGAACCAUGUGCUAAAGAAUGUGGAAACGCACACAGGUUCUCUGGUUGAACAGCUAACCACGGAAAAAUAUGAAUGCAUGGUGUGCUGUGAAUUGGUUCGUGUCAUAGCCCCAGUGUGGAGUUGUCAGAGCUGUUAUCAUGUGUUUCACUUGAACUGCAUAAAGAAAUGGGCAAGGUCUCCAGCAUCUCAAGCAGAUGGCCAGAGUGGUUGGAGGUGCCCUGCCUGUCAGAAUGUUUCUGCACAUGUUCCUAAUACCUAUACUUGUUUCUGUGGCAAGGUGAAGAAUCCUGAAUGGAGCAGAAAUGAAAUUCCACAUAGUUGUGGUGAGGUUUGUAGAAAGAAACAGCCUGGCCAGGACUGCCCACAUUCCUGUAACCUUCUCUGCCAUCCUGGACCCUGCCCACCCUGCCCUGCCUUUAUGACUAAAGCAUGUGAAUGUGGACGGACCAGGCACACAGUUCGCUGUGGUCAGGCCGUUACAGUCCACUGUUCUAAUCCAUGUGAGAAUGUUUUGAACUGUGGUCAGCACCACUGUGCUGAGCUGUGCCAUGCAGGCCAGUGCCAGCCUUGCCGGAUCAUACUGAACCAAGUAUGCUACUGUGGCAGCACCUCCCAAGAUGUGUUGUGUGGAACAGAUGUAGGAAAAUCUGAUGGAUUCGGGAACUUCAGCUGUUUAAAGAUGUGUGGCAAGGACUUGAAAUGUGGGAACCAUACCUGUUCUCAAGUGUGCCACCCUCAACCCUGCCAGCUAUGCCCCCGGCUUCCCCAGCUGGUGCGCUGUUGCCCUUGUGGCCAAACUCCUCUCAGCCAGUUGUUAGAAUUUGGAAGUAGUGGUCGGAAAACGUGCAUGGAUCCUGUCCCUUCAUGUGGAAAAGUGUGUGGCAAGCCUCUGCCUUGUGGUUCCUUAGAUUUCAUUCAUACCUGUGAAAAGCUGUGCCAUGAAGGAGACUGUGGACCCUGCUCUCGCACAUCAGUUAUUUCCUGUAGAUGCUCUUUCCGAACAAAGGAACUUCCAUGUACCAGUCUCAAAAGUGAAGCAGAUGCUACAUUUAUGUGUGACAAGCGGUGUAACAAGAAACGGUUGUGUGGACGCCAUAAAUGUAAUGAGAUAUGCUGUGUGGAUAAAGAGCACAAGUGUCCUUUGAUUUGUGGGAGGAAACUCCGUUGUGGCCUUCAUAGAUGUGAAGAACCUUGCCAUCGUGGGAACUGCCAAACAUGUUGGCAAGCCAGUUUUGAUGAAUUAACCUGCCACUGUGGUGCAUCAGUGAUUUACCCUCCAGUUCCCUGUGGCACUAGGCCACCUGAGUGUACCCAGACCUGUGCCAGAUUCCAUGAAUGUGACCAUCCAGUGUAUCAUUCUUGUCAUAGUGAAGAGAAGUGUCCCCCUUGCACUUUCCUAACUCAGAAGUGGUGCAUGGGCAAACAUGAGUUACGAAGUAACAUACCUUGUCACCUGGUUGAUAUCUCUUGCGGGUUACCCUGCAAUGCCACGCUUCCGUGUGGGAUGCAUAAGUGUCAGAGACUCUGUCACAAAGGAGAGUGUCUUGUGGAUGAGGCCUGCAAGCAACCCUGCACUACUCCUAGAGCUAACUGUGGCCACCCGUGUAUGGCACCCUGCCACCCCAGCUCACCCUGCCCUGUGACUUCUUGUAAAGCCAAGGUAGAGCUGCAGUGCGAAUGUGAACGAAGAAAAGAGAUGGUGAUUUGCUCUGAAGCAUCCAGUACUUAUCAAAGAAUAGCUGCUAUUUCCAUAGCCUCUAAAAUAACAGACAUGCAGCUCGGAGAUUCAGUGGAGAUCAGCAAGUUAAUUACCAAGAAGGAAGUUCACCAAGCCAGGCUGGAGUGUGAUGAGGAGUGUUCAGCCUUAGAAAGGAAAAAGAGGUUAGCAGAGGCAUUUCAUAUCACUGAGGAUUCUGAUCCUUUCAAUGUACGUUCUUCAGGGUCAAAAUUCAGUGAUAGUUUGAAAGAAGAUGGCAGGAAGGACUUAAGGUUUGUCAGUGACAUCGAGAAGGAAAUGGAAACCCUUGUGGAGGCUGUGAAUAAGGGAAAGAAUACUAAGAAAAGCCACUGCUUCCCUCCCAUGAACAGAGACCACCGCCGGAUUAUCCAUGACCUGGCCCAGGCUUACGGCCUGGAGAGCGUGAGCUAUGACAGUGAACCAAAGCGCAAUGUUGUGGUCACUGCCAUCAGAGGGAAAUCCAUCUGUCCUCCUACCACACUGACAGUUGUGCUUGAAAGGGAAAUGCAGACACGGCCUCCACCACCAAUUCCUCAUCACAGACAUCCAACAGACAAGAAUUCUGGGAGCUGUAAUUUACAGAAAAUAGCCAAGGAGCCAAUAAUUGACUACUUUGAUGUCCAGGACUGAGAAGAUCAAGAUGCACUUAGAUAAAAGAAUGAUUAGGUGUAGUGGAGACUAAUCUGCCAGCAGAUAAAUCAUGCUUGUUCCCUACUGCCUGACAGAAUCAGCGUCAUAUACUGUCUUAUGCUGAUACAUCCAAAGCAUGAGUGUAUCAGAAAUCCCUUUGUCUAUUCCUGUCUGCAUAAAACAUUUCAGUGUGGCCAGAUCUCUGACUGGAUGAGUCCAAGGAAUUCAGUUAUAUAUUUGAAGAGGCUUCUCAUGCCAUCGCUGUGCUUGCUCUGAGGGUUGACUAUUAUGCUUUAUUUGGACAAACCAGAAUUUUAGCCCAAAACCGGCUUUAGGGCACUUAUUCAUAGCCUCAGUUGUCCCAGUUUUUCAUUCUCCUCAAACUAUCUGAAAUGUCAACAAACCUCCCUUUAUCCAAACUGAUUGAAAUCUUUGGAAAGACACAAGCGCAUUUUGUACUCUAAAAUAAUCAAACAUUGAACUGGUAUACCAUAUCUGGAAUCACACAUUUUGUCUUCAACCCAACUUUCUUACCUAAGUCUUUUGCCAAAAGCUCUCAUUGAUCUAUCUAGCUGAACUUCUUUUAAUGGUUCUCAGUGCUGUUAGUUCUGAACCUAGGGAGAAGGAUCGGGUUGCUUUACAGAAUUCCAAUUCCUUAGGUCCCUGGCACUUCUCAAACCACAUCAUUGAGCCUAUUCAGUGACAGUCAGUUUAGCCAUCCACCAUGGGAGUACAUAGAGCAAACUGUUUCUUCUGCCAAGUUCACACUGUGGCCUCUUAAUUGACCAGUGUAGCCCAAACUCCUAUGUUAGAAAGAGUCUCCACAUGGACAACUGUGUAGCUUUUUCCUAGGCCUUCAACAACCAUAUUGGCUCUCCCUGUCUCUGAGCUCUGCACUUCUGUUUGAAUAUUCAAAGAAGUAUGUGGACAGUCCAGGGCUUAUGUCCAGCAUCCAUUGGAGGCAUUCUUCAGGCUUUUAGGUGUGUUGAUAGAUUAGUUUCACCUUCUAUAUUGGCACUUCUCCAGCAUAAAGGGCAGACUUCCAGCAAUUUCCUUCUGCUCCAGCACAGGCCACAAGCCCCAGAGCAGCAGCAGGAGAUUAGAAAAAUGGAGUCACGAAGCAAGGCACUUAAUUUUUGUGGGAAGAUCAGGGCUGCCCUUUGGUCCUCAUCUUUCAAGCAGUAGAUUCAGUGGUAAACUGUACUUGUGAGAGCAUCUCAGUCAGGAGGAGGCAGGUGCCCUGAUUUCAGAUUCUAGCUCUGCCACAUAACAGCUUGUCAUUUGAUGGAGUGAAAGUUUCACCAGCUUCACCGGUGUUGUGGGGAUUACAGGAAUGACAUAUAUAGAGAUAAGUGCUCAGAGUUCAUAAAAAUGAUACUUGGUAUCUAGAAAAUAUGUAAACAUCUUUAUCCAUAAUACUAGCCAAGUAAAAAAUAUGGAAUGCUCAA